CACGAUGGUACACUAUGCCACAAUAGAGGGCGCUCUUCGUUACUGUCUUGAUUGCAGGAGAUGAAACGAGGCAUCAGUCAAGCUUGCAAGCUGUUUUUCCCAUGUUGGCCGGCGUGGUAGUUGCUACGAUGAUGAAUAUAGUCCUAUCCUCCCCUGCAUUUGCUGAGACGGUCGCACAGGACGUGGAAAUCCUCAAAGUCAAACAAGGGCUCCCGCAGGAGGUCGGAACACUCAUGAUCUUGCCCUUGAUAGUCUACAAGAUCUUCGCCUUGUCUCGAGGGGUGAGGCUGACGGCAAGUCUCGACUUCUCUAUCCUUGCAGCCGUCCUUGCCUACUGUAACCGAUAUUUUUUGUAAUUGGACAACUCGUGUAAAAGACACUAGCGCCAAUAGAAUGAAGAGGAUCCGAGUAAAGUUCUCAAAUAAUUGUA